AAUCGCUCAAUUUUUAUCAUCAAUUUUCGAUAUUGUUUAGCGUCGUUCAAUAAAAAUAUGGAUAUCAAGGUAACGGAUGAAACAGAAGUGGUGACAAAAUUUCCAUACGAUGAUCUUCUAAAUCUGGGAAGAGUAGAUUUAAAUAAUAUAAACCGCUGCUUAUUGGUUUUAUUAGAAAUUAGUAAAAGUGAAUUGUUUUAUGAAAAUUUGAAGAAUGUCUCGACCACUGUGGAAUUUGCUCUAUCCCAUUUGGCCGUUUUCGACGACAUGUUUCAGAAAGAGAUUUUCGUACAUUUUUUGACACUCCUGAGCCGAAUUAUCUCCAAACUAGCUUCGGAAAACAAACUGAACCAAAUUCUGAAAAACGUAGAUAAAAUUUUCGAAAUAAUGUUUUACGUAUCUGACUUGAAUAUUUUCUGUGAUUUUUGCGUAAAAAUAUCAGAGCCCAUAUUUUUGGAAACAUUAAAAAUAACAAAGACUGUCAAAGAGUCUAUGGAAAAACCGAUUGUGGGUAUUUUGGAAAAUUUUAAGAGGAGCAGUGCUUCGAAUGAAUUUUCUAUUAUUUGCGAUACAAUAUUACAAAGAUUUCCAUUGGAUUGCAACGCGUUUUAUUUGUGUUCGUAUUGGCUAAUGGAAGACUCGUUAAUUAUUUUGAAAUCUUUAAAUUUGAAGGAAGAAUCUAUUGAAUCCCAAAAUAAAAUAGUUAUACUUCUAAGAACAAUACACACUUUCUAUACGAAAGUAGUCCGUAACGGAAUAUCUCACGCUUUCAAGCUGGAAAAAGUAUUUAGAGAAUUUUUCAACGAACUAAAAACAUUAACAGCGACAUUUUUGCAUCUUUGUCGCUACCAAAUAACAGAAAAAGAAGCCAAAACCAUACUGAUUAUAAUUAUACUUGAGUUCCUCACUCAGGAAUCGAACAUAUCGUACAAAAUCGAGAAUCAAGUGCGAGAAGAAGUUCAAAACUUUGAUAGGGAUGUCAGAUAUUGGUGGAGAAAAUUCUCUCAUAGUUUUUUCUUUAUCUGUCAUUUAUUGUACGCCAAUAAUCGUGUCUUCUGGCCAGCUGGAGAAAUCUUCCAAGCCAUGGUUCGACUGAUUUAUACAAAAAAAUACAAGAAAACAAUUACAAUUUGUUUGUUAAAGUCCAUUUGCUAUAUCUAUCCAUUAGUUUAUAUUUAUGCGCCAACACCAAGAAGAGGUCUUUUAGGAGAUGACCUUUUAAACAUUAUUCUACCAGAUUAUGUCGGCUUUUUGGAGCGAAUUUUUACAUUAACAACAGCUCAGCUCUUGUGGUUUCUGGAUAGAGCUUCUGAUAAAUUUAAAAAACUGAUAGUGACCUACUGGUUAAAAAACAGUAUAACUGAAGAAGGACUAGAUUUUCUGAAGAAGAAUAUGAUAUCGAGUGGUUCGGUGAAUAUACUGAUAGAUGUCAUGGUCGGCUGUGAAAACAGUGACGUCAUGAAAAGAACUCUGGAACUCGUAAACGCCAUCCAAACUCCAUCCUUGGUCCGAAGCCUUUAUGACAUAGCUCCAAAAUUCAUUCACGACCAAAAUAUUUUCCCAUUCCUAAUCACAGCAUUGUCUCGACACGAUCCGCCCAACAAAAGUACCUCUUUGGUACUUCUCAAGGCUCUUGGAACGCUUUUGAUCUCUUUGGAGGAUGAACAAACUUCAAUAACUGUGUGUAGGUUUGCUAGAAGUCUCAUGGAAGGGCAUAAGAGUGAAAAAUGUGAGGUUCAGUUCUUGUGUAACGAUGUGGUGUUGAUCAGAGUGUUGAUAUCCAGAGCUGGGAGAGUUGGGGAAGAUUUGGUUGUGGAGAUAUUGAGGUUUUUAAGAAAAAUCUUGAAGUACCAGGCAAUGGUUAUAGUAAACUCAAACGAUACUACACCAUUAAAAAUUAGUAUAUUUUUGAAAAAAUCAAAAUAUGUAGCCGAAAAAGCCCUCGAUUUGUUGUGCGAAAUUAUAAAUCACAGCGGGGUGAUUGUGAUAGAUCACGAGGACGUUCUGAAUAUCUUGUAUAGCUUGUUUGAUCUUUCUGAAGAGGCCAGUUUGAGCGCUAAAUGUCAUCUGUGUGUCACAGGCUUGAUCAAAUUGUAUCCUGCGUUGUUGGACUAUCCUACUAUGAGCACUUACAUCGAGGAUAUAUGUUUCUAUUCGACUAGAAAAAAACAUUCUGCAGUAACUCUAAAACUUAUUUUGAUUUGGAUCAAAUUCACAGCAUCGGACAGAAAUAGAAUCAGUCUAAUUUUACCCAAAGAAGAAAUUUUGAGGAACUAUUUUUUAAGAUACAACAGCUUAAAUAAAAAUUUGGUAAAUAGGAAUUUAUAUUUGAUUUCGCAAAUUUAUUCUAGGGAUAAGGCACCAAGAAAUACUCUGUAGAACAGAAAUGUGGAAAUAAGUAGGUACAAAGACUGUUAAAAUAUAUUCUCUAUAUUUUUGUUAAAUUUGUUAAA